AUGUACGGGGCACAGCGCCGCCCUAGCGGUGCUCCAGAAAAUCAGCCAAUGAGCGACACGAACUCGAAUCCAUACCAGCUUGGUUCCCCAGGCCACGACUCAAACCCGAGUCCAUACCAGUUUCCGCCUCUACUGACUCCUGGAACCCCGCUAUCGAAUGCUGGCGGUCAUGCGCUGCCACAGGUGGAUGAUUUUUUCAGUCGACCGCCUCAGGCUGGUGAAGCCGCAAAGCCGCCGGCGCAGGAACAUCGAACGCCGUCCCAUAUAAUGCGUCCCCCUAGCGUAUCGCAAAACUUAGUCACUCCGUCAUUUCAGGGAGGGACUCCAUACCUGGGACACAGCUCACGCACUCCGUUCUCAGGCAGCGAGUCUUCAGGGUCUCGCGCACCCUCUCUCGGACCUGGAGGCAACUACGGUCAGCUUUCGGGUCCUGCACAUCAUCAGCCCCAUAUGAUGCCGCACCUAGGCUUCAAUCGCGGUUCUCUGUAUCACGAUUCUGUGGGGUACGAGCUUCAGAACUCGGUUUCAAUCCUCACUGCUAGGAUGGGAAGUUUAGAAGAAGCGAAUCUCCAGCUGCAGACUUCUUCCAAGCAUAUUAGUUAG